AGAAAAAUCAAUAAAAUCCAUUAAUUUUGUAUUUGGUUUUACGAACUGAAAUAGAUAUUUGUUAUAGAUUCAGUGUAGAUAAAUAAGUGCAAGAAUAAUAAAAGAAGAUGGAAGUGACUUCUUCAAAUUUUCAAGAAGUCCUGGAAGAAUUAGAUGUAAUUCUAAAAAAUGCAACGUUCCUUGGGAUUGAUGGAGAAUUCACAGGACUUAAUCUAAUUGAUGUUAAUGUCUUUGACACGCCUACUGAAUAUUAUACCAAAUUGAGAAAAUCGAUGGAUUUUCUACUUAUAGAAUUUGGCCUUUCUGUUUUUACAUUUGAUACAGAAACACAGAAGUACAGUCAACGGUCAUAUAAUUUUUAUGUUUUUCCACGACCUCUUAACCGCACAGCUCCAAAUCAUAAAUUUUUGUGCGAGGCAUCCAGUAUUGCGUUUCUGGCAGCAGUAGGAUUUGAUUUCAAUAAACUUUUCAAAUUGGGCAUUCCUUAUUUAAACGUAAAUGAAGGAAAAGAAAUGUUAGAACAUGUGCAGGAGAAACACAAGACAAAGGAUGAGUCAUCAGUGAUAUUGUUUAUUCCAAUAUCUGAUAGACCACAGAUCGAAGAGAUUUGUGCGAGGAUAAGUAAAUUCAUCAAAUCUGAAGAAAAAGAAUUAGUUAUAAAGAGAUGUAAUACUUUUAUUAGACGACUGGUAUGUCAGGAAAUAAAAUUAAGAUGGCCAAACACAUUCCGGAUCGAUACUGAGUUCAGUAAUGCGGGAUGUAGGAUUACAAUACAAAAACUAGGAACAAAGGAAGCAGAAAUGGAGAAAGAUGCCGAGAAAAUGAAGAAAGAUAUGACAGAUGUCAAACAAGCAGUUGGAUUAAGUAUACUUAUGAAAAAACUUGCAAACUCUGGAAAAUUAAUAGUUGGUCAUAACAUGUUAUUAGAUCUCUGUCAUAUAAUACAUCAGUUUUUUGGCGAUUUGCCUGAAUCAUAUUUGGAAUUUAAAUCUCUUGUCCAUAGCUUGUUUCCAAGACUUUUAGAUACAAAAGUACUUUGCCAGUCAGAAAAAUUGAAGGAUAUCGUAAAGUCGUCAAAUUUAACGGUUUUGCUCGAAACAGUUUGUAAAUCACCAUUUGAAAUCAUGGAAGUGGAAUCUAUCGGGGGUAUAAAUUAUUCCAUUUCUGAAGAAAAAUAUCACGAGGCUGGUUACGACGCAUAUGUUACUGGAAUAUGUUUUAUCGCGUUGUCCAAUUAUCUGGGUUCCUUAGAAACGCCAAAGGUUUCAAUCGUUUUAGCAGAUUCACCCGUACUCGCUCCUUUCUUAAAUAAAUUGUGUGUAGCAAGACUGAAAGAUGUUCCAUAUAUAAACCUUGUCAGUUAUGACAUAAAACCAAAUAGAGAUCACGUAUUCCAUUUAACAUUCCCGAAGGAGUGGAAGUCUAACGAUAUAUAUCAAUUGUUUAAGCCACUUGGAAGUGUGUACAUAGCAUGGUUGAAUGACACGUCUGCAUACGUACAGCUUCAUCGUCGGGAUCAACUUCAGAUGGCAAUGAGGAUUGUAGGUAAAAGGAAAACCUACGAGAUACGAACCUAUGCUGAUUAUCAAGCUAGUCUAAAGUCAAACGUCAAUAAGGAAGACUCCAAAGAAACAUUAUCUUCGCCCGAGAUGCGGGAUAUUAAACGCUGGCAGGAGAUAGUGGCCCACGCUGUAUAAGAAGGAAGAGUAACAUGUUAUCGACGUGGCGGAAUAAGUCGUGGUUGCGCGAUGGUAAUUCCAAGCAUAGCGCGCUGCAAAGCGAAAAGAAGUGGCACGGAUGAGCAGAGAUUGACGACGUUUCAUACUCUGGUCAGCUUCUUAGGAUUUCCUGUACACGAGGAAUUUGCAUAGGGUCAUAGAGCUCAUUCUAAAUUAAUGCCCGCGACGCUUGUUACACGCGUGUCCUCACUCCCUCCUCCUCCUCCUCCUCCUCCUCCUUCUCCUCCCGUUGUCGCUUGUGCUCCCUCUUCUUCCUCUCACGCUUCGUUCGUUCGAUGAUCCCUCUUUCUUCGUCCGCUCCCUUGCCACUUCGUUCCUCCUCGAUCACGACGCUAGAGUCGCCAGUAAAUCAGAUAGUCCCUCGCCCCUGUCGGCGUGACUUAUCGGACGCGCCGAUCGAAUAUCGAUCUAGCGGAUAUCAAUAAAUUGAUCGAUGCGUAUUGAAAAAUGACUUCUAAGCGUUGAUUAAUGAAUCUACCAGAUUUACGAACGGGAUCGAAAGAGGGAAUUGAUGUUGUUUCGUAUGAUCUUGGACAGAAGCACUUUAGCAAGUAGUAACUUCAACUUUCUUAAUUAUUCGCUUUUGACAGGUAUGUUGUAAAUUAUCCAACGCGAAUAUCGUUGUUUUGCAAAAUCUUUGCAAAGAUUAUAAGUUAAGCUGCACUUUUUCACGGGGUUAUACGCUCGGCAGAUGCAUUUACCAGAUAAAUCAAGCAGGUAAAGCGAACAAACAUAAACAAAAUUCGUAAGAUGAGAAAUGAUUUAAUUUAUCGAAUCAAAUACGAUUCAUCUGCCUAGUUAAAUAUACGCGAAAAAGUUCCAAAGUCGAUAUCGAUAACUCUACGGACAGCAGUUUUGCAAAACGUGAGAAAAUCACCUGUAACGUCACCUGUACCGUCGUGUCCUUAAAAUUACCUAAGAAACUUAUAUACUCGAAAGAUUGCUUUUUCUCCAAAA